AUGAGCUCAGUCUUGUCUGGAAACUCGGACUACGGUGACGCGCCUCCUGGUUACAAGGAAGCGCUUAGUUCAGGAAGCUUUGUGUCACCAAGCGACAGUGGUACAAUCAGCCAACUUGACAUCCAUGCCAUUGGCUAUGACACGAACCAGGCCCUCACGGGCAACGUGCUGGAAAAUAUCCCCGUGUACCGUUUUGGCUCUGGAGAGCUUGAGUACACAUCCAUUCGGCUGAAAAAGAACUCCAACUCCUGUGCUCUCGUCCGCGGGUCCGACUCUAGCCAAACACCUUUGAUAUCAACGAUUUACCGCUGGGGCCCUGGUCGGCGUCCCAGAAUGAGGAUUCUAUCCCCGGGAACUACUGCCACAGUGGAAGAGGCAAUCGAAUCGGACCAUCUCGUCUGCGAGGUAGUCGAGGUCAAAAGUCGCAACAUGAUAUCGCGCACACAGGAACUCAAGACGUCGUUCGGCACCUUCGAGUGGCGCUACGGCGGGCGUGAUGAGCGCAAGGAAGCCUCCGAAGCGUCCUCACUCCUGGUUCUGGAACGCACCGACGACGCCGCAUCGGCCUUGGCCAGUAACGGCAAGGUCGGCAAGCGCGGCGUCCCAGUCGCUCAGCUUGUGCGCAACGCGGAGCUUCGUACCCAAGGCACCAGUCGCUGGAUGGGCGGCAAUGGCGGCCGCUUGAUCAUGAACCUUGGAAUGUGGACGGAUGACAAGAAAACAACCAUUAAGGACGCCGAGGCUUUCAUCGUCGCCAGCUGUAUCCUCAUGCUCAAACGAGAAGCCGAUCGGUUCAAGGACAACCAGAUUGCUGCUGUAGUCUAA